AGAUCCCAUACAAUAAUACUGCAUUAGGUACAAAAAGUAAUACUUUGUACAACUUACGGUAAUCAAUAUUUCGACAGUUUCUAUUUAUCUUGACCAUCGACAACUUUUGCCAAUUUUCACAACACAUCACCCGCUGCUGCAACAUGACAUGGGACUUCUACGCCGCCGACAAGUCUUUUAUCUCAUCUCUCUUGUAUUCCUACUCUCGCUCUGCAUACCCUCUACACGCUCCUCUAUAAAACAGUUUGGUGAUCGCGUCCGCCAGACGCUCCCCUUCACCGACCAAUGGAAAAUCCAACAAGAAUUCGUCCCAACCCAACACGAACUCGAUUGUCUUUACGGCCGCACCCCGAAAUCCAAUACCGGUAGUAGUAAUUCGAUAGAGCCAAUCCCGAAUCAUGUUCACUUCAUCUUCGGGCUUAGCAACCCUUACUACAAGCCAAGUGUGGGCACUUUUGACUUCCUCUGCUACCUUGCGGUAAGAAGCGCAAUUGUGGGCAUGAAGGCAGAAAAGGUCUUCAUUCACUACACAUACCUCGCAGACCCACCCUCGCCUGAACCAAAUGCCUCUCCCCUAUCGAACCCCUGGAUAUACCGCUUGAAGGAUGACGUCGAACUUGUCCACCACACGCCGGAGGAGAUGGAGGGGCUAAAGAGCUCGCCGGAAGCUACCUGGCAAGUGGCGCACGUAUCUGACAUACUCCGACUCAAGAUUCUUCAGAAGCAGGGUGGUAUAUAUCUUGACAGCGAUGCCUUUGGCUUCCGACCCUUCACGAAUCUUCUAAAGUCGCCGCGCGACAUAAUACUAGGCCACGAGGGCGGAAACCGCGGAGGGCUCUGCAACGCCAUCAUGGUCGCACGGAAAGGGAGCGCCUUCAUAGAUCGGUGGCUGAAGGAAUAUAAAGGCGCCGAUCUUUCCAAGGAGUGGAACUACCAUAGCGUUAUCCUACCUAAAAAGCUGGAAUUGCAACAUCCCGAGGAAGUCUGCCCCUUGCCCCCCAAUGCUUUCUUUUGGCCGACAUGGACUUGGGGUCAUAUCGAGUUUAUGCACCAAACCUUGAGCAAGGAGGAGGCGAAGAAGUGGGCUGCUGAGAUAGACAGAAACGGCGGCAGUCUGUACGAGGAUCAGCUCGCAUACCACGCCUGGAGCCAGAUGGCAUGGGAGAGGUAUUUGAGCAAGUUGACGCCAGAAAUUGUGAGGACGCGGAAUACGAGGUUUAACCUUCUCGUCCGAAAUUUCCUGCAGGAUGAUAUGGGAGGUGAUACGCGUUAAACACAGUAGGGCGUACUCGGGUUGGUACAUGUCUCAUUGCGAGGUUGGGUAGCAUAGCGUAUAAUGUCUGAUGAGGGCAUUCGAGUGCCUGUUGUAUAAAAUCAGCACCUUUGAAGAGCUGGCCAGUUCAGUUGGUCGGCUUAUAAUGUUUUAAGAAUAUCCUGCACCUUCUUACGUUUCAAGUGCAUUCAGGAUGUUAGAGCCUAUGACAUAUGAUAUUCAUACCUAAGUACUUGCGAAGUAUUCAAUUCAGGAUAUCCAAAACAUUGAAAC